ACAGGACUAUGAAGAGCUGGAAAGGCAGCUGAAAGAAGUCUUUAAGGAGCGAAGCACCAUCCUCUAUCAGCUGACAAAGACAGCAAGAGAACUUGAUAGAAUUAAAGACAACCUUCAGUCUUUGAAAAACGUUGAGAAAUCUGCCCAAAGUGAUGUUCAGAUGCUUCUGGAAAUAGGUCAGAAACAAAGAGAACAAAUGAAGUCUCUCCAGGAUGUCCUACAAAUUCAACUUAAAGAGACAGCUGAUAAAGCAGAAAAACAACAGGCUACUAUAAAUUUUUUGAAGACUGAAAUGGAAAGAAAGAGCAAAAUGAUCCGAGAUCUCCAGAAUGAGAAUAAAAGCUUGAAAAACAAACUCUUGUCAGGACGCAAGCUCUGUGGCCUCCACGCAGAAGAGUCAAAAAGAAUCCAAUCCCAGCUGAAGGAACUUCGUUACGGGAAGAAGGAUUUAUUGUUUAAGGCGCAACAGCUUACUGAUCUGGAACAAAAACUGGCUGUGGCCAAAAAUGAGCUGGAGAAAGCAGCUUUUGACCAGGAGGCGCAGCUGAAAGCAAUGAAAGAGACCAUACAGCUCUGCCUGUCAACAGUGUUCCGCGAUCAGCCUCCCGCUUUGAGUCUAUUCAGGGUUAAUCCAACUCAGAUGUCAAUUCUACCCAAGACAGUUGACCCUAAGAUUCCAGAUGCAGUCACAGAAGGCGAGCCUCAAGAGAGCACACCUGGAAGCACUGAAGUAGAAAUGAUAAAGGAAGAAAAUUUGAGAAGCCCUGAGUGUGAUCCUCAAAAUCUUGUCCAAGACAAGACUUGUUUAACGAAGCAGGAAGAAAAUUCCCCAAGCCUUGACACUGCAAAAUCAGAGCCUGCCCCACAGAAAUUGGAAAUACCUCCCUGUAUGGAUUGUAAGGUGAAAAAAAGCCCAGAAAAACAAUUGACCAGCUUCGAAGGGAGAGCAACUAGAGAAGAAAAAAUACUGUAAAUAUCAAGAAAUUGUGUUAAAAAGCAUCCAUUUGCUAUUGUCUUCAUACUCUUUCUAGACCACAGGCUUGAUAGAAAUACUAAGUUUUUAAAGCAUGCAACUUUUUCAUAAUUUUAUGUAACUUUAUAAAGUAGUCUACACAUUUUCCAAAAGAUUCCAGGCCAAUUAUGAUCCGUAAGCAAUAACCUAAUUAAAAUGGAUAUCCGCAAUCAUAAAUACUCAUUGUCAUCAGUCAAUUGCCCAGUAUAAAUUUGUCUGUUUUGAACUCAAAUGCAAUGUAACGUUUAAUUCUUCUGACACAUUUGGGUAUCUAGUACUUCUAUGAUCUAGUUUUUUAAAUCAACUGGAGGCUAAUAAAAUAUUGUGCAUCCUCAGCAUUCUUAGAAUCUAAAUUGUAACCGUAUCAAAGAUUUUGGACCACACUGGCCAACUGGAGUCACUUUCCUCAAGGUUGAAAUCUGUGCUGACUCAAAUAUAUUGUUUAUUUGAGGGUGUUUAUUGCUAUCCUCAUUAUUGUUAUUUUGAGCCACAUAUAAAUAGUGUCAAGGCAUUCUGGCAGGGGUUUAGUCAGUUAACAGAAUGCAUUAAAUGUGUUUGGUAUGAUGUAGACAAAAUAUCUGGAUGAAUGACUAAAUUUCUGAGACAUUGAUUAGAUUUUUUGGCAUUCUAUAGACACAGUUCUGUGGUUGUCUGCUGGGAAUACUGUGAGUUAGAAAUCAAGUUGUUUGAAAUGCUCAGCGUGAUUUUGGGUAUGAAAUUUGUGGUGGAAUGUGGAAUGGAAAGAGGCUUCCAAAAUACAAAUGUGUGAGCAGAUAAUAUACAUUUAAAAAUGAAGAUUUGAUGAAAGUAAAACAGCCAUAUAGAACCAAUGAACCCCAAUUUGUAUAUUUUGUCAAGAAAUGUAUUAAUUAAGCAAAUCAAUGGCUACGAUAAUCAUUGACGCUAGAGCUCUACAUAGGAAUAUCACUGAUCAGUUAAAUGUGCUCCUGAAUAAUCUGAAUGUAACUCACAAGCAAGAGGAGCUGACACUUGAGUAUGUGAUUAUCUGAUUGAUAGGAUCAAUAUUGCAUCAAACUUACAGACUCAAAUUAAUGGGUUAAAUGACCCAGUUAUUUGUCUGCACUGAACAUAGUCACUUCUGCUGGUUAGACCCAUUUUGCAAAUACAGAAAGCGUAUAAAACAAUUAGUUUUAUAGAAUGGAUCUGCCAAUCCACAAUUAAUACAUUUGGAGCACUGUGUCCUGGCAGGCUGUGUUAGAAGAUAGUUAAUAAAAUAUAUAUAUAUUAAAUGAAAUCUAUAAUCAAUAGAUGAACUUAAAUUCUGGGAUAUAAUGACACACCUUUGAUUACAAUGACAUAUUCAAAGAAAUUUGGCGUUUUGGAGAAAUGGCAAACUAUCAUUAAAGUAAAAGUAAUAUUGUGAUAUAUUCAUGUAGCAAUUGUACUCGCAGAGUAAUUCAGUGUCGUUUAUCAGUAUUUUUCAGAUUACAGGCUAUCUACGAAAGAAAGAGAAUUAGUUUUAUAGAUGAUCCAUAGAGUUUUCAGAUGAGGUGACCAGGAUAACAGAAAAGAUCAAGGUUCCUGCUAACUCCUCCUCAGCUCUAAAAAUUGUAUAAUUCUAUUAGAUGGAAUGUUGCCAGUUUCCUGAGUCCUAUUCCUUGUAAUUUCCCCACUGAACCCAGAAACCCUAACCAGCUCCAAAGCUUUACGAAAGGGAAGCAGAUACUUUGGUUUUAAUUUCAGUUCACUUUCAUACCCUCGUCCUGUGCCCCAGCUUCCCUCCUAGACUCUGAAUCCUACCGAAAAUUAGUCACCAUUUCACCUUAGCACAGGAUGUUUGGAGGCAUGUUUAGAAUGAAUCAAAAGAAUCAGGCUUAUAUUUUCUGAAAUUUUUAUAGGGUAACAUUGAAAGGUGAGAAUUGGGCUUAAUCUUCAUCAAAUUUGAAUAACUUCAUUUGUAAAUUAUUUUUUCUAUGCUCUAAAUUCCUAUUCUAACAUGUGACAAUAUAGUCUCUUUGCUUCUCUUAAUUACUAGCAUGAUCAAGUGGGCUUUGAAUGAGUGUAAUAUAUAUACUUUUUUUCUUUAAUGAUAAAUAGCAUUUUGCAGCCUGUAGAGCUUACUGUGGUAUAUUCAUGGCAUUAUUUGUUUCAAAAGAAAAAUAAUUUGUAGUCAAAGAGCUUUAUAAAUAUUUUUAAGAAAUAUUCUGAGUUCCCUUUAAUAAUUAAGUAAAGAAUUAUUUUUUACUAUAUUCCAUGACUUUACCAUAAUGAACGCAUUUUAUUUCUCUGAAUCCUUUAAUUUCUUUAAAAUAGCAUCAGAGAGGUUUAAAAUGUUUUACUUACAUAUGUGGCUUUUGUCUACAAGAGAGGUGACAUUUCUUAUUAUUUCUUUUAAUUAACAGCUAUAUAAGUAGGUGUUGUUUUUGAGGAGUUAACAUUCAUAGUCUGACUAUUCUCAUGUGGAAGAAAACAUUAACCUAAAUGUUGAAUAUAGAUUGUACAGUUCUAUCAUGUACCUUAAUGGUAAGCAGUGAAAGAUUACUUAUGCUUUGCAGAAUGCGAAUUAAUUCCUGUUGAGAAACAAACAUACUUUCCAAUGGAAUAAUGUAUUUUAAUAUAGGUACUACCGGAACUAACAAUUUAUUUCUCUCUCGUUAUUUUUAAAUACAAACCAAUGCUAUACAUUAACUUUAAGUUAAGAAUUUGUUUUGGAUUGUGUACUUCCUUUUUAUAUGCAUUAACUAUGUAGAUUGAACUAGUGCCUGAAAUGUAUAUGAGCUAAAUGAAUACUGACUGUGUUUAUCCAAUGCCAACAUUUUCAGAUGAAAAGUGAAAAAUUCGGUAACUCGUCUGGAUGUGUUUUUCUGUGUGAUCUCAAAUCUCUAAGUACUGAAUAGACUAGAUGGCUAACUAUGUUAUUUCAUUCUUUAAUCAUAUACUUAGCAUUGCAGUGCUAUUUCAGACAUAAUUCUCUCUCAUAAAAUAUGCUGGAUUACAAGUCUAAAAGUUAUAUGUGAAAGAGACGUUUACGGUUUAGAUGGACAACGUGGAUAGCCGGAUUAAAACAAUAUUUGUAAACUUUGCUAUAAUGGAAUCUUUUCUUUUUAUAGCUCUGUCACCUUGAUUGGCACUAAUUGCAGCAGAGGCUGAAAUAAUUAUUGACACCAUAGAGUCAAGUGAGCUGGGCAGACCUGGGCAAUAGUGAAAACAUAUGCCUGUUUACUUAGGGGGCAUUUUCUUAGUCAUUUAUGCAGUCUUAGGUUUCCCCAAACUAUUUGCUCCCAUCUGGAUUAUGUUACAUAUUAAUAGUCAAGUGAUGAAUAAUAAAAGGUACUGAAAGAUG